AUGAAUGACCAUACACGCCAAGACCGGCCGAUUCUCUUCAUCGCGUCGUGUCUCGGGGGCGUCAUCUUGAUGAAGGCUCUGGUCAUGGCCAAUAACGAGUACCGCUGCGUCAGGACAGCCACGCGUGGUAUCGUCUUCCUUGCCACUCCCUUCGGAGGCACCUCGUUCCAAGACGUAGCCAAAUGGGCAGAGCCGGGUCUCAGGGCCUGGGCUUCGUUACGAGGCCGGGAGGUGUCCAAACUGCUCGAUAGCGUCAAAAAAUCUGUCGAUAUUGACGAACUUGUCAGAAGCUUCACACAGUUGUACCGAGAUCAGUUGUGCCGAGACCCGACUCGUCCUCAAGUAAUGACCUUCUAUGAAUUAGGCAAGACGAACCUUUACCACAAAGUCUUCCCUUGUUUGCCGAUUGGAGCCAAGCCACUUGUCGAUAAGUCCUCGGCGACGCUGCAAAUGGUUCCACACCCCCUGCCGCUCGAUCGAGGCCACCGAUUGAUGAAUAAGUUUUGCGGCGACCGCGGCGACUUUCAAGAUCACGAUUACGAAUGUGUUGCUGGAAAAAUUGAAGAAUUUCUGCGGAACAUUCGCAAGAAGGAAGCGGACGACUGGAUACGAGACAAGCAUUAUACCCCCGAGAGGCUCAAGAUCGAACGCCUCUCGGGCGACUUGUUGCCGAUGGAGCAAUGCUACAUCAAUCUUGCCAUCAAGGUUGAAACACCAGACGAGACGUUCCAGGUUGACUUGGCGACAAUCUUCAAUCAACGAAAGGGGCACGAUGCCGCGGGAUACAAUUUCGAGGAUUUGUUCUACCAUGAAUAUUUCUCUGGAGAGGGACACGACGAUGGCCGCCGUCUGGCCAGGGAACUAUGGCGAACAUUGAAGGACGACGAUAGCGGUAGGACUCUGUUCAUCCUCGAUGGGUUGGAUGAAGUAUCCCAGGACAUCGGUGGUGAUAACGACAUGUCCCGUUUUCUCGCGCAACUACUAUAUCAGCCUAAUGUUGUUAUCACAUCACGGCCCAACGCCAACCUUCCGUCUCUCCGAGAUAUCGAUCUCGAUUUGGAAACAGUUGGAUUCUACCCUGAUCAAGUGAAGGCCUACCUCGACGCCGAUCCGAAAAUAAAACCCAGGGCGAACGAGGUGCGGUCCUUUCUUCAAGAACAUUGGCUCAUUGAGGGGCUUGUGCGAAUCCCGAUUCAGCUGGACGCGCUUUGUUACACUUGGGACGACUUCGGUCUUGGGACAGUGCCGGACACAAUGACGGGCAUAUACAGAGCCAUCGAGCAAAGGCUGUGGAGAAAGGAUGCCGUGCGAUUAGGUAAAAGACACAACGGGGAACUGGUGACGCCUUCUCAGAUUGGGUUCUCAGAUGUCGAGGACCUCGUCGAGCAUGAGGCAUGUCUUCUUGAAGGUCUUGCUUUCACGGGACUGCACAACGACGUCAUAGACUUCACGCCGCAGCAUCAGGCAGCCAUAUCGAAGCAGUUCAAGCACCGGUCCCUCUUACUCGACAAAACGCUUCCACGCCUCUCUUUUCUGCGGACGUCAGACCACUUCUCAGAAGACUCCAACCGAAACUAUCACUUUUUACACCUAACCUUUCAAGAGUACUUUGCGGCGCGGUAUUUCAUGCGCCAUUGGAGUUCCGCACAACCGCUCAAGUGUCUGGAUCUCUGUGGCAAAGGAACCAAGCAGAUCCCUCCGGUCGAGUUUCUUCGGAAGCAAAAAUACUCGGCACGCUACGAUGUAUUUUGGCGCUUUGUUGCCGGCUUAAUAGCUGUUCAGGAUGAGGCAGACCCCGGAGAGGAGGGAGAGGCGCUCGGCUUCUUCCAGACGAUCGAGGAGGAGCCGCUGGACCUCUUGGGCCCUACGCAUCAACGGCUGGUCAUGCAUUGCUUGAGCGAAGUAUCAACGAAGAUGCCGCUUAGACAGUGCCUGGAAGAGAAACUGAGGCAGUGGCUACUCUUCGAAUGCACUUAUCAACAGGAGGUGCACUUAACAAGCGAAAUGGAAUUUCCCGAGGAGGCCUUGCGCGAUGCCUUGCGAGAAGGGCUUAAUGGCGCCAAGAUCAAGAUUCUCCAGUCAUUGCAAGGACGACCGGCAAUCCCGCCAAGCGUCAUUGAACUGGCAGCUUCUUGGGUGAUAGGCGGCAUGCCUCCGCUAUUGAGGGCCGAGGCCCUCGUGGUACUACGUGCCUCUCGCACGGACUUAACAAACAAUGUCCUCAUGGCCGUGGUCCAACGGCUAGGCGACGAAGACGCGGGCGUGCGAUGGGCCGCCCUACGGGUCCUAGAGGGGCAGUCGAGCCUGUCUAACGAGAUCCUCGCGGCCGCGAUCCAACGGCUAUGCGACGAAGACGCGGGCGUGCGAUAUGCCGCCCUACGGGUCCUAGAGGGGCAGUCGAGCCUGUCUAACGAGAUCCUCGCGGCCGCGGCCCAACGGCUAGGCGACGAAGACGCGGACGUGCGAUAUGCCGCCCUACGGGUCCUAGAGGGGCAGUCGAGCCUGUCUGACGAGAUCCUCGCGGCCGCGGCCCAACGGCUAGGCGACGAAGACGCGGACGUGCGACGUGCCGCCCUACGGGUCCUAGAGGGGCAGUCGAGCCUGUCUGACGAGAUCCUCGCGGCCGCGGCCCAACGGCUAGGCGACGAAGACGCGGACGUGCGACGUGCCGCCCUACGGGUCCUAGAGGGGCAGUCGAGCCUGUCUGACGAGAUCCUCGCGGCCGCGGCCCAACGGCUAGGCGACGAAGACGCGGGCGUGCGAUGGGCCGCCCGACGGGUCCUAGAGGGGCAGUCGAGCCUGUCUGACGAGAUCCUCGCGGCCGCGGCCCAACGGCUAGGCGACGAAGACGCGGACGUGCGAUAUGCCGCCCUACGGGUCCUAGAGGGGCAGUCGAGCCUGUCUGACGAGAUCCUCGCGGCCGCGGCCCAACGGCUAGGCGACGAAGACGCGGGCGUGCGAUGGGCCGCCCUACGGGUCCUAGAGGGGCAGUCGAGCCUGUCUGACGAGAUCCUCGCGGCCGCGGCCCAACGGCUAGGCGACGAAGACGCGGGCGUGCGACGGGCCGCCCUAUGGGUCCUAGAGGGGCAGUCGAGCCUGUCUGACGAGAUCCUCGCGGCCGCGGCCCAACGGCUAGGCGACGAAGACGCGGACGUGCGACGGGCCGCCCAACGGGUCCUAGAGGGGCAGUCGAGCCUGUCUGACGAGAUCCUCGCGGCCGCGGCCCAACGGCUAGGCGACGAAGACGCGGACGUGCGAUAUGCCGCCCUACGGGUCCUAGAGGGGCAGUCGAGCCUGUCUGACGAGAUCCUCGCGGCCGCGGCCCAACGGCUAGGCGACGAAGACGCGGACGUGCGAUAUGCCGCCCUACGGGUCCUAGAGGGGCAGUCGAGCCUGUCUGACGAGAUCCUCGCGGCCGCGGCCCAACGGCUAGGCGACGAAGACGCGGACGUGCGACGGGCCGCCCAACGGGUCCUAGAGGGGCAGUCGAGCCUGUCUGACGAGAUCCUCGCGGCCGCGGUCCAACGGCUAGGCGACGAAGACGCGGACGUGCGACGGGCCGCCCUAUGGGUCCUAGAGGGGCAGUCGAGCCUGUCUGACGAGAUCCUCGCGGCCGCGGUCCAACGGCUAGGCGACGAAGACGCGGGCGUGCGACGGGCCGCCCUACGGGAUUACUAG